UAAAAAUGCAGUUCUUCUAUAUAUCGAUUACUUCUUAGCAUAUCUAUUUUUGUUUACGAUUUCGUUUGGCAAUUUCUUUUGCAAGAAUGGAGGCUCAAGCUUUCGAUUUGGAGAGAAGUCGCACGAGCGGAGAUGGUAUGGAAGAAGAAAAGUCCAGUUCGACAAAAUUGGAACAUAGAAGCAAAAGAGAGAAUGAUGACCAUCGUAAUGUUACACGUUAUCCAACUGUUGCUAUUAUAAAAGAAAAUAUUCACAGAAAAAAUGCGGCUAGUAACGCAACAGAUGCAAAUAGUUCAUUACCAUUACCGGGUUUACAUUUAUUGUAUCGCCGAUCCGAUGGGGGGAAACGCAAUAUCGCACCCAUCGUACCUAAAGGCGAACUUGUUCAAAUGAGACCACGUUUAGUUGCUACGCCAGUUCGUAUAACUGAGCAUAAAAAAGUUAAACCUCCAAAGUUUAUACCAUAUGAACCGUAUCCAGGUGCUACCAAUUUAAUGGUUCCAUGUACCAAAAGCCCCGAAAGGAUGAUGACAUUAAAAAAAAAUAACAAUUUAGACAUUGGUGUGCUUGUCAGCCAAAUGUGUACAUUGCGAGCACAGGAAAUGGACCCAAAAUCUUGUAAGGAGCGAAAGAAUAAGGAUGUAAUUAAUGUGAAAUUGGAAGACGAACUUAGAAAAACUAAAGAGGAGCGUGAUUACUAUCAGGCGCAGUUUAGAUUUCAAGUUCAAGUCAACUCCGAACUAAAAAAUUUGUUAGUAGCGUCUGUAGGUGAAGAUUUGCAAACACAUGUCAAUGUGCUGACGGAGGAUAAACUCCAGUUAGCGCGCGCCUUGCUAGACACAGCCAAAAACUUAACUACUCACGCGGAACAAAUUGAAUUCCUUGCGGGCCAAUGCGAAGUAUGGCGAUCAAAAUUUCUGGCAAGUAGCGUUAUGGUAGAAGAGUUGGCACGCUGGAAAGCAGAUCUUACUCAAAAAACUCAAACGAUGGAGGAAUCUACUAAACGUUUACUACACGCAAUACAUCAGAUUCGAGAAAUGCAAUUGGAAAUCCUUCGUAAUUUGAAAUUUAUGGCAAAGAUACGCUACCUAAACCUUCCAGCAACUGACGUAAUAAGCCUCAGUGUAGAAAAUUUAAAUAUUUUGCAGCAGAUGGUACUACAUUCAGGUGUAGGUAUCCCCGAAGAUGGCAUGGAUAUUUUAAGUACUAGUAAAAAUCCAUUAUGCGAAGCGGAGAAAUAUGCUGUACACGCCCUGGAAUUUGUUAGCCAACCUUUAUUGGCUACCGAUGAUGCAAUAAAAGCUCUGUUUGACCAAGCUCAGCGGCCGUAUGGAUUAGGUUCCAGUGUCCGAUAGUUGUGUCAAGUGUUGUAGUUGGGGGCAUUUACAUUUUACGGUUCAAUUGCCAUUUACACGAGUCGAUUUUGGUUGAACCACAAAUAUUUUUCCCUGCCCCAUUUAAAAACAGCUAAGCCUCUUUCUCUGUAACUUUUUUAUUUGUCCGAUUUCUAUAAAAGAUACAUCGUUGUAAAGGUAUUUAGAAAGUCUACAGUUGUAUAUAUAAUAAUAAAUGAUUAGUGUUUGGCUGAGCUUCGCCUUCGAUUUGUGGUGUGCGCCUUGAUGUCACACAAAGGAGAGGGUCGUACAGCUUUAAGCCGACUCCGAACGGCGAUUGUAUUUUUUUAUGAGAUACUGUUUUUCAUGGUAGAAUACACUCGGUAGUUUGCCAGGGCAUGCGGAGGGACGACCGCUAUUAGAAACAUCUUUUUUUUACGGUUUAUUUCGAUGUUGGUCUGAAACUGGGCUUGAAUAAAAAUUUGGACUUGUGUGUGAAAUCAAAAGAAUAAAGUAAUUUUUUUACGUCGUUUAUUCUCAAAAAAAUUUGCGUUAAAAAAUUUUGGUUGUGCAAGCCCAUUUACCGGUACAACCUUCAGAGUUAGAGAGAUAGCCUGGAUGAAACCCUCAGGUUAGAAAGUGUACUUUAAAUCCAAAUUUUCACUAAAUGCCGUAAGUGAUAAUUAUAAAUAUGUAUAUAUGUACAUAUAUGCAUAGGCUACAAUGUUCCCUGCAAACCAUUUUUUCAGAGUAUUCUACAUUGUAUAGAAAUUUUAAAGAAUUCGUUAAGAUUUAAUUCGAUUUGUUGCCGAAUUUUCUAAAAUGAAAUAAAUUACGCACACUUCCAUUCUUUUACGAAAAUAAUGCUGCUAUGUGAAGAAUAUCUUCCAGAAUUUUUCCAGAAUUUUCUUUAUUUUUCGUACAGGAAUUUUUUUACGAGCUCGUGUCAACCACCUCAUAUAAUUUUCUUUGAAAAUUCGUAAAAAACUCGUUACAGAAAUGAGAUACUCCUAACGAUUUCCUUAAGAUUUCGGGAACUUUGGUUUGCAGGGUAUGUACAUAAAUUGUCGAUUGCUUAGUUUUGAAUAAAAAAUUAGAAGUUUUAUAUUGAACAUGUCGUUACCUUAAAAUAGAAAGGCCGUGUCUAACAUUUUUGUUUCUUUACAUAACAGCUAUAAAACUUUGUGCCUACUAAAGUUCUUCAAAUGCAAUUUUCUUCAUUAUUGUAAUGUAAAGGUUUUUAAUAAACAUAGUCAUUUUUUAUGUAGUAGUUGAUUUUAAAUUCGAUUAAGUCAGCACUGAGUAAUCUACCAACUUUUGGGCAGCUGAAAUUUUACAGGGGAUGCAAAAAUCUUUAAAUUCAGAUAUUAUGUACGUAACCCAAGGGAACUGUUCUAAAUUAACUAAUAAAUCUUGCAACAUUCAAGAUAUGUAUGCCCUUUAAUUUUGGUAUAUUGUGUAUCCGAAGGCCAACUAAAGAAAUGUUAAAAAACAUUGGUUGCGUUGCGUUUCUUUAUACAUUCUAGAAUCCCUUUUCACAGCCAGAAUAAACAGAAUGUGUUUGAAAUACACGUUAACAUAUCAGGAACGUUCUAAA